AUGUCCGGUUUGCCCCCAUGCCGUCGAUGUGUUGAACAACAGUUGGAAUGCGUUCUCGCAAAGUCGAGACGCGGAGGGCGCAGAAUCAAAGGAGUGCGCAACUCUGCCAUUCAGCCGCCCAGGCGGGACAGUGACCUUGGCCCUCCCUCGGAGUCCGGUGGCCCUGCCAGUUCUACACAUGAUGACGAUGAGAGUGAGUACCAUAGCAGGCAAGGCAGUCAACCUCGCUCUGGACAACAAUCAGGUGCACCUGAUGCAGUACAAGGAUGGCCUUCCUCUCCACAUCAUACCGGCAACUGGCGGGCAGAUAGUCCCGAUGCCGGAUCCACACAGGAAAUGGCAGAUUCAAGGACCAGUUCAGAUGGAUUAGAAGGCCAUAUCGCCACUACUGAUCUUUUGAAUCCGUCUGAUGCUCUUGACCUACUUGCCCAAGUUGCCGACUUGGAUCCAGGCAGGCAGCGGAACGCAUCGACCGGCCAAGCUGGCGCCAACAACAGACAUGUUGACGGAAUGCACCAUACUGUCGGUAGAUCAGCUGCCAGCUAUUAUCCCCCACUGGAUGAUGGCAUUUUGACACCUUCAGAUGCAUCAUAUCUCGUGAAGAAAUAUCAUGAAAAGUUUCAUCCUUUCUUCCCCGUUGCUCAUGCCAACAUAUUCGAAGAAGGCCCCAUCACCGAAUGGGCUGAGAAAGAGCCUCACCUUUUGACGGCCAUCCUUACUGUAGCUUCCAAAGAUGACCCGUCCUGGUACAGAGUCUACGAUGCUUGUUCUCGCCAUAUCGAAAGCUUCAUGUCAAACCUGAUUUACGCAGGUUCGAGUUCCAUAGGAUCGGUUGAGGCUCUUCUGAUCCUUGCUGAAUGGGCACCUCAGCGCCCUCAGGAGAAUUCUUCUAUUGGUUGCGGCCAAGAAGAUCACGGUGCUUGGAUGAUAGUUGGCCUAGCUAUCAGGCUUGGCUACUUGCAAAGACUGGAGCAGACUGCUCUUCUACCAGAUGAUGGAAAGCCAUCUCUUGAAAUGAGUAGAAAGCGUGUCGUUUGGGCAGCUUGCUACAUGAGCGAUCGGCAAGUCUCAAUUCGCCUAGGCAAAGGCUUUUGGUCGCGAGGGCCGGGUCCGGCACUUCAUUUACGAGCUGCAGACUUUCCAACGUUACACGCACAGGAGCUUGGUCCUGAUAACAUGGGGCUGCUAUUUCAAGCACACCUUGAACUCACGCAGCUGAUCAGCAAUGCUCAUGACAUAUUGUACUCGUCAACAAGUCAUAGGAAGCAGCUCUACAUAGGUGGAGAAUAUGUCAGAUAUAUUGACGACUUUGCGUCUAUGGUGCGAAAGUGGAAAUUGUCAUGGGCUAAUCAUAGCUUUACACCGCCAGUAAAGGCUUCUUUGGUCCUGUCCUUUGAAUUUUUGCGUCUAUACAUCAACGCAUUCGCUUUUCAAGCAAACCUGAACCGUGCGGCCGCUCGAAACGCUCAGGUUGGACCCGGAAAGGCUGCCGGACCUCUGUUCUCUAAUGUUGCAGGAAAGCCAGAUGCGCGUUUCAUAUAUGAAUCCAUCGACGCAGCAAAUUCACUGCUCAGCAUUCUCAACAGCUUCAUAGACCCUGUCGCUGGGCUGAAAUGCAUGCCUUUGAAGUAUUGCCUCUAUGUCAUAUAUGCCGCCGUGUUUUUAUUCAAGGCCAGAUUAGCUGGAGCAAUUAGCAGCGAGGGCGAUCGUGGCGUCCGGCAUGCCAUUCACGGCACCAUAACGCAAUUACAGAAAACAUCCAGCAAUCCACAAAGUCUCGGCAGGAGAUAUGCGACGUCGCUGCGACUCCUUUGGAGAAAAUCGUCUGCGAAGCAAACGAGUAAGCCCGCAGCCCGGAGUGAUCCGGUAGCCGAACCACCAGUGCCAACAGUGGAUCAAAUGGAAGGGCAAGAGAAUGUCAUGCCAACACCACCAAGUAAGCCGACGAUGGACAUGGAUCCGUUGAGCGGAUUCUCGUGGAGGGACUUGGACUCGUUGGGGCAAUUUAUUGCCAGCAACACGACGAUGAAUAUGACUGAUGGGAUGCUUGCGGGUGCGGAUUUCGAUUGGGAGCACAGCUCCGGUGGCCUUGAUGAUCUUGCGAUGCGUCCUCAGUUUGAUACAAUGUGGGCGGGACAUGACAUAAUUUUCUAG